ACGGGACGAGGAAAACAUGCAUCCUCCUCUUCAUCUUCAUCCUCAUCGCCAUCAUUCUCGACAGAAGACCACACGCAUGAUGGACACGCAGCUGCCUCGUCCUCCUCAUCUCCCGCGCUAAGUCGCGGGGAAAAAGGCCCACUGAGGCCGGCGGUUCCGGUCCGGAUCAUCGACUAGGUCGGGCGCGUGCACUGCUGGACAAAGAUGGUGUACGCGUCCACCAACACGGUGGCCAUGGAGCGCUCACUCUUCGCUCCAGCCUUUUCCUACCCAGUGUCCUUCAACUACUCAGGGAGGGAAAACUCCACGGUCCUGGCGAGCUCAGCCACGACUCCGCUCACCAACGUGACCCCAUCCUCCUCCUCCUCCCCCUCGCUGAGCCCGGCACGUGAGGAAGAGCUGACGUCGGGCGAGGUGGCGCUGUUGGCGCUGGUGUUCGGGGCGGUGUGGCUGGUGUCCAUCUUGGGGAACGCCCUGGUGUGCGUGGUGAUCCACCGCAGCCGCCGCACGCAGUCCACCACCAACUACUUCGUGGUGGCCAUCGCGUGCGCGGACCUGCUCAUGAGCGUGGGCUGCGCCCCCCUGGUGCUGGUGCAGGUGGUGUGGGGCCGAUGGCCACUGAGCGCCGCGGCGUGCAAGGCCGCGCGCUACGUGCAGCACCUGUGUCCCGGCGUGCAGGUCUACGUGCUGCUGUCCAUCUCUGUGGACCGCUUCUACACCAUCGUGUACCCGCUCAGCUUCAAGGUGUCCCGCGAGAAGGCCAAGAAGAUGAUCCUGGCCUCAUGGGUCUUUGACGCCGCCUUUGUGGCGCCGUGCUUCUUCCUCUACGGAUCCACGCCCUCCGAGAGCCGCCACUGCCACUUCUUCCUCCCGGACAGUCUGGGCGCGGUGGCCUACGCAGCCGUGCACCUGCUCGUCGGCUUCGCGCUCCCCGCCGGCUUGAUCGGGUGCUUCUACCAGCGCGUGGUUCGCUACAUCUGGAGGAUCGGCGCCGACGGCCACACGGUGCGGCGGACCACCAACGCGGUCCCUCGGACCAAGGUGAAGACCAUCAAGAUGUUUCUCAUGCUCAACUGGGUCUUCUUCGUCACAUGGACGCCAUUCUACGUGGCACAGUUGUGGCACCCCGGCGAGACGGAGGGCAGCAGCCGGCGGGGGCUGCUCUUUUUCGCCGCCGUCGCCUGGAUCUCCUUCAGCUCGGCGGCGUCCAAGCCCACCUUGUACUCCGUCUACAACGCCAACUUCAGGCGGGGCAUGAGGGAGACCUUCUGCAUGUCCUCCAUGAAAUGUUACCGUAGCAACGCCUACACAAUCACCGCCAGCUCGCGCCUGGCCAAGAAGAACUACGUGGGCGUGGUCGACAUCCCCGUGCACGCCAAGACCGUGGCCAAAGACCACUCGUUUGACACCAAGGACAAGAAGGUGGCGUGGACCGCCAACGGCAACCCCCACAACACAUUUGUCUGACACUCCCACUUUAGUUAGCGUCAUGUCUAGAGAUGUCCGAUAAUAUCGGCCGAUAAAUGCUUUAUAAUGUAAUAUCGGAAAUUAUCAGUAUCGUUUUUUUAUUAUCGGUAUCGUUUUUUUGGUUUUUUUAAUUAAAUCAACACAAAAAACACAAGAUACUUACAAUUAGUGCACCAACCCAAAAAACCUCCCUCCCCCAUUCACACUCAUUCACACAAAAGGGUUGUUUCUUUCUGUUAUUAAUAGUCUGGUUCCUACAUUAUAUAUCAAUAUAUAUCAAUACAGUCUGCAAGGGAUACAGUCCGUAAGCACACAUGAUUGUGCGUGCUGCUGGUCCACUAAUAGUACUAACCUUUAACAGUUAAUUUUACUCAUUUUCAUUAAUUACUAGUUUCUAUGUAACUGUUUUUAUAUAGUUUUACUUUUUUUAUUCAAGAAAAUGUUUUUAAUUUAUCUUAUUUUAUUUAAAAAAAAGGACCUUAUCUUCACCAUACCUGGUUGUCCAAAUUAGGCAUAAUAAUGUGUUAAUUCCACUACUGUAUAUAUCGGUAUCGGUAAUUAAAGGGUUGGACAAUAUCGGAUAUCGGCAAAAAGCCAUUAUCGGACAUCCCUAGUCAUGUCUUAGCCAACGCUUUCUUCUUCUUGUCGUCGCCACGUGUUUGCGGACGUUGAAAAGCAAAGCUCAACAUGUUGACUUCCACAUGUUUGUUUUUUUAUCAAGCAUUGACUUUCAUCAGUAUAAUAUGAAUA